GAAGCGAGCACAGCAGGGCGCGGCGGCUGGGGGAAAUCCCCGCGCUGCCGCAGGUGCGGGCAGGCCGCUAAUGCGCCCGGCGCUAGGGCUAGGUAGGGGCGCGGGGACGCGCGGGCUCCCGGCAGCAUGGCAGAGCGGCUCUUCUGUAAGGGGGUGUCCGCGGUGAUCAGCUGCGCGGGCUGCGAGGAGAGGAGGGCUGAUGUAAGGCUAACUGUUGAAACUUGUACAUCAUCCAGUCCUAUCCGUAAGAAGGAACUUACAGUACGUAUUACAGAUGAUGCAGAUCCAUUAUUCUUGUAUUCUCUUGCUAUAGGAGAGGAAGAUUUUCAGAGUUUAAAGAGCCAACAAGGACUGCUUAUAGAUUUUUCAGCUUUUCCCCAGAAAUUCAUUGAUUUGUUAGAACAAUGCAUUUUGGAACAAGGCAAACAAGUGCCUCGGUUUUUAAUUCAACUUGUAACAUCUUCUCCAGCAUUGGACUGCAUGCCUGCAUGUUUAAAUGUAGUGGAAACCAAUCCAUUCAAACAUCUCACUCACUUGUCUCUAAAGCUUUUGGCAGGAAGUGACAGUGACAUCAAGAAAUAUCUUGCCAUCUGCAUUAAAAAUUUAAAGAUGGAAAACAGUAUCUUGGAAGAUAAGCUACACAGAUCAGAAGAGAGACUUUCGAAAAGGCUAACCGUAACAGAGCAGGCUUUGGCAGAAAAAAGUAAGGAACUGGAUAAACUGCAAAAUGAAUGGGCAUCACAGACCACUUCACUGACUGAUAGGUACUCCCAAGAAAUCACAGCAGAAAAGGAGAAAGUGCUGCAGAUUCAAGCACAAUACCACCUUCAGCAUGAACAGCAAAAGAAAGAGAUGGAAGCAACUUGCAACAGAAAAGUACAUCACUUAGAAACCAGGGUAUCUGAAUUGGAAACUGUUAAUAAGGAUCUCACAGAGAGAAAAUACAGGUCUGAAUCUUCAAUAAGGGAGCUGAAAUCCAAACUUGCAGGACUUGAAGAGGAGUAUCAGAGGGCAAAACAAGAAGUUCUGUCCCUUGCAAGAGAAAAUUCAACUCUUGACACAGAGUGCCAUGAAAACGAGAAACUACUAAACCAGCUAAGAACACGCAUUGCAGUCCUGGAACAAGAAGUGAAGGAUAAAGAGCAAGUAGUAAUAAGAAGCACAGAUGUCUGUGAAAGUGCACAAGAACACAAGAAAAAGUUGGAAGAAUCUCUGGAGAUGAAACAGCUUCAAAUUGGAAAAUUUGAAACCACUGUGAAGUCUAUUUCUGAGGAACUUCUGAAAGCUAAUGAAAUUAUCAAAAAGCUCCAGGGAGAGAUGAAGAAACUAAUGGAGAAGAUGAAGUUAAAAAAUGCAGUGACACUGCAACAGGAAAAAAUAUUAGGAGAAAAAGAGCAAACCCUUCAAAAGGAGAGAUUGGAGCUUAAUAAUGUGAAAUGGGUUCUUCAACAAAAAGAGGAAGAGGUCUUGAAGUUGCAAGAGCAGCUGGACAUCACUGUUCAGAAAUUGGAAGAAAGCAAACAGCUGCUGAAAACUAAUGAGAAUGUAAUUUCCUGGCUAAAUAAACAACUGAAUGAGAAUAAAAUUGCAUCUAUGCAUGGGGCAUCAGGUCCCAGUGAUAUGCCAUGUGCUGGAAGUGCCGCCAAUUCAGCAGCCUUGCAGAAUGGCCUGCCUCAGCUUCUACUUUAUAACAGUCCUUUCUCUGUCCCUGUGAUGCCUCCACCAAUUAGCACUGCUUCCCUUUCUAAUAACUGUGAAGGCUCUGUUCCUCUGCGAAUGAAUAUCCCAUGUGCGGUCACCAGUGCUGCAAGAUAUAAUCCACAGGUUUGCAUCAACUUAUCAGAAAAUUCCACCAGCACUCCAUUACAUGAGACAAGACCUUGUCCACCAACCUCCACUCCUUUAGUGCCCCCAAACUCAGGCCAUGUGUCCAACAAUCCUGGCAGUGGAUUUUCUCUCUGAUAUCUACUGGGAGGCCAAGCACACUGGCAUUUAGGAACUCCCACUGAGAACCCCUCAUGGAACUGUGUGCCUUUUUUAAAUUCAAAAGGUUGCCUGCUAAUUAGAUUUUACUUGGGCACUUCUCCAAAUAACUUCUAAUUCUCUUCAGAAUGAUUUGGUAUGUGGGCAGUUCUAAUCUGACCUGAGCUUGUUUGUUGUCCUUGGAGUCAGGAUUCCCAUUCACACACCACCACAACUUCAUGAAUGGAAAUAUAACUGUCAAGAGCAAAGAAAGUAAAGAUAAGGUUAGAAAGUAUUUUGCCUCUAGAAACACUUUUCAAGAAAGUUAAUUGUCUGGCUUGGAGGCAGAUAGCACACUAUUUCCAAAGUAAAGUGAAGCCUCCUUAUAGUUCUGUGAAGGUAGAGUCCAGCACACUUGCUGUUGCCCAACCAAAUCCCCAGCUAAGCCACAGGAGGAGGAUAUAGGGGACUGUGCUGCUUGUCUGAGAUGUGGGCUGUGGAACCUAACUGCUCAGUGUCCACUGUUUCCACCACCUCCUCUAAUGGUGGCAAGACCUUGGAGCUAAAUAGAAGACUCUACCAAGAAAAACGAAACAAAAACGCUUUCUGGAAAGAGAAGAGAAAAUGGAAGCAAGAACCUAAUGGCUGCAACAUCAGCCAGAAUAUUUUAGCAGUGUAUAUUAUUUAUUGAACUCCAGUAUUGUACUUUUUGUGAGGCAAGAAUAGAGCUGAUAUUCAUCUCCACAGUAAAUGAUUUUUUUCAUUUGGUUUCAAAAGAUUAUAGCCAUUAUUCUGACCUAAACCCAAGCUUCAAAGAGAGAGAGAGAGAGAGACACUUUGAGGAUGUGAGAAGAGCUUUUACACUAAUUUUUCCAAGUAAUUUUUUUCUUUGUUCCUCUUAUCCUGCAGUAUAAAGGGGGGAAAAUAUUUAAAUUAAUUCCUUCCUUCAUCAGAAUUUGCAUAAUAGAAGGUUUUAUGGCAACACUUUUCACUCCAGCACCAUAUCACAGCUCAUUAAAAUAGAGGAACACUGAUACCUUUUGCAGAAAGAGUACAUGCCAUAUAAGGCAGCCAACUUGAUCCUCUGUGUGCACAUUUUCAAGGCUCUACAAAAAUAGAGAUUCAGGGUGGGAUUUUUCAAAGGCACUUGACAUUGUCCUAAUUCUGUUCCCAUUGAACUCAGUGGGAGUUUUACCACUGAGUUCAAUGGCAGAAGGGUUACGUCAGUGUUGGUUGGCUGGUUUUGAAUGCUUCAAGUGAUUCAUCUUGUGGUGAAGUGCUGGAUGGUGUGGGUGCCUCAGUUUUUAUUUUUUCCCCUUCUCAGUUACAAAUGUCUCAAGUUUUACAUGAAUCCGUUACAUUUAUUUUUAGCUCAUUAGUUCAGUUCAUUGCCUAUAAUAUUCCACUAUGAGGAUUGUUGGACAUAGAGUCAGACACAGGAAAUUUAUCUCCUUUCUGCUGCAAAAAGUACUUCCACCUGUACUGUAAAUUCCAAAUAUUUCCCCAUUUUGUGACUAUCAAGAUGGUGUGCAUUUUACCACCACACCCUAACGUAAGUCUUAAUUGUCAGAAAAAAUAUGUUGUGGUUUUUUGUGUGGUAAGAGUGGUUAGAUGGUAUUUUAGAGGGUGAGGGAAAAAUUCUGAAUGAUCCAAGCUUGUGACAAUGGAAAUAAAUUUAAAUGUGUGUUAGGUAUUUGGUAAAACUGCUCUGGAUUUUUAAUCGGCUUCCCCCCAUCCCCAAGCAAUUUACUUCUUUUAUAAAUUUUGUUUAGUAACUUUACUGUUUAUCUAAAAUUGAUAGAUAAUUUGAUUUUAUUAUUAAUGCCAAUGACCUCUUUGUACAUAGUAACAGAAUUUUGUCAUUUUCAAAGGUAUCCUGACUGUGAGCCUUGUGUUACUAGCCAUAGCCUGUAAAUGGUGAUGGGUGCUGUUAGCUCUCUGUUUGUUUUAGGUUAAGAAAUCAUUCUUUUUAGGAUUCCUAGUCAGAAUCCAAAUAGAUGCAAUGUUUAGUAGCUGCAGAAUGAAAGUAAUGAACUGUAUAACUCCUAUUGUUUACAGUCCACUGUUUUGCAACUGAAGUUGGUUGAACUGUGCAUUUACUUUGUGCCUCUUCUCCUAACCAAAUAAAUAAAAAUACAGCUAUCAGGAAUACAUUGUAGUGUAUUACUUCUGCACAUUUUAAGAAUAAAGGCUAAUAACUAGAAAACUGGGGAGGAGGAGGGGUGGCAUUAGAGAGCAUAUAAUUUAAAAAGGAUAUUAAUUACAGGCAGCUUGCUCCCUUUUGAAUAACUUUUUCCCCUGAACACAUUUU